AUGGCAGCAGGAAACCAUUGCACAGUGACUCAGUUCUUCUUGGCUGGGCUCUCAGAGAAGCCAGAACUCCAGCUGCCGCUCUUCCUCCUCUUCGUAGGAAUAUAUCUGAUCACCGUGGCAGGGAACCUGUGCAUGAUCACACUGAUUGGGCUCAGUUCCCACCUGCACACACCCAUGUAUUUUUUCCUCAGCAGUCUGUCCUUCACUGACUUCUGUCUGUCCACAGUUGUUACCCCUAAAAUGCUGAUGAGCUUUGUGACAGAGAAGAACAUCAUCUCCUACCCUGGAUGCUUGGCUCAGCUAUACUUUGUCAUCAUUUUUGGCAGUGCAGAAUGCUACACAUUAGCUGUAAUGGCAUAUGACAUAUAUGUUGCUAUCAGUAACCCCUUGCUUUACAAUAUAACCAUGUCUCCUCCAAUUUACUGUUCUUUGAUUUCAGUGGUAUAUGUUUGUGCUGUGUUCUGUGCAUCAGUAAUCAUGGGAUUCAUGUUUAGUAUUCAUUUCUGCAAAUCAGAUGUGAUUAACCACUAUUUCUGUGAUCUUCUUCCCCUCUUGCAACUUGCAUCCUCUAAUACCUAUAUCAGUGAAAUAUUGAUUUUAUUUUUUGGUACACUGAACAUCUUUGCCACAGUGCUGACCAUUAGUACUUCCUAUAUCUUCAUCAUUGCCAGCAUCUUUCGCAUUGACUCCAGAGAGGGCAGAUCCAAAGCCUUCAGUACUUGCAGUUCCCACAUCUCUGCUGUUGCUGUCUUCUUUGGUUCUGCAGCAUACAUGUACUUACAACCAUCAUCAGUGAGUUCAAUGGACCAAGGGAAAGUGUCAUCUGUGUUUUAUACUACUGUUGUUCCCAUGCUGAACCCCUUGGUCUACAGCCUGAGGAAUAAGGAUGUCAGUGUUGCAUUGAAAAAAACGCUUGAAAAAAUUUACAUAAGCAGAAAUCAUGUGAAGAUUAUUUAUUAG